GCAAUAUGAGGAGUUAGUGUCACGGAGUGAUAGUGAAACCGAUAUUAAUGUCGGUCUUAUUUUUUUGUGAAUUCAAGGUACUUUAUGAACCAUAGUCAACCGUUUUUUUAGAAGUAUCUGGGUUGGGAAGCCAUGCGGCGAAGUAAAGCUGAAGUGGACCGUUACGUUUCCUCAGUGCAGAGUUCCUCUCCCUCACUCAAAGAGAAGCCAGUCAAAGGGUUUUUAUUCGCCAAAUUGUACUUUGAAGCAAAGGAAUAUGAUCUGGCAAAAAGACAUGUAUCGGAAUAUCUCAAAGUCCAGGAGAGGGAUCCGAAAGCACACAAAUUCCUUGGACAGCUCUACGAGAGAGAGGGAGACAUCAACAAGGCAGUAGGAUGCUACAAGCGGUCGGUGGACAUGAACCCAGCCCAAAGGGAUCUGGUGCUGAAGGUGGCUGAGUUACUAGUCAGUAAGCAGGAAUGUGACAGCAGAGCAGAGUUUUGGGUGGAGAAAGCUGCCAAGCUGCUGCCAGGAAACCCUGCAGUCUUUAACCUGAAGGAGCAUCUGUUGAGUCGUCAGGGUCAGCCGGGUUGGAACCGGUUGUUUGACCUCCUCCAGGCCGAGCUGAUGGCGAGGCCAGCUGACGCUCAUGUGAACGUAAAGCUGGUGCAGCUGUUCUGUCAGGACGGGCGGCUAGAUGAAGCCAUUAAGCACUGCCUGGCUGCUGAGAAAAGGGGCAUGCUGAGCCAGAGCCUGGACUGGUACACAGUGGUGGUGCGCACACUGCAGGAGUAUCUAGCUCAGCCCAGCGUCUCUGGUAAUGAGAAGACGUGCCGGUGUCUUCAGCGAGAGCUGCUAUUGGCCCACUGCAGCCUGCUAAGAAUCACACUGUCUGAGAGCAGAAUGCAGCCAAGCCGUGAUGCGCUCACAGGUUUUGACCAAGCUAUGCAGACGCUGAGCAGCAUUGCUGGCCGCCACACAGACGAUCUUUUUGAGAUCUUUGUGGAAAUGAGAGGUCACCUCUACCUGCAUGCUGCCACACUACUGUUGAAGCUGGCUCAGGAUCACCAACAUACCUGGAGGGCUGUCAUUGACCUGGCUGCACUGUGCUACCUGCUGGCCUACCAGGUCCCGAGACCAAAGGCUAAAGUGAUCAAAAGAGAUCAGUCUGCCCCACAGCUUCUGGAGCUGCUGGCCAACGACCGACAGAGUCAAGCCGGUCACAUGCUGCUGAAUCUGAGCACUGAUUCAUCCACCUUGAUCAGAGAGGUGGUGGAGGCAUUUGGGAACUCUAGUGGUCAGGAGUCUCUGUUUAAAUUCCUCUUUGGACCACAGGCCUCCACUGGAUCUUCCUUUAUUGCCAAUGAUGACAUUCAUUCCAUUAACACCGUGGCUCCAGAGCUUUCUCAACUCGUCAAAUGGGACUCUGGCGCCAUCCUGCUACAUGCUGGCGACUUGCAGCAUCUAAGCUGGUUGGGGCUACAGUGGACCCUGCUGGCCCAAAGACCAGUCCUGCGGGACUGGCUUCAGCAGCUUUUUCCAAGGCUUACUCUGGAAACCUCCAAACUGGACACCAACGCACCAGAGUCCGUCUGCCUGCUCGACCUGGAGGUGUUUUUAUGUGGUGUGGUGUUCUGCAGCCACUCUCAGCUCCAGGAGACGGCGAAGAUAAGCAGCGGAGUGAAUCCACAGCAACAGCAGCAGCUCUAUGAGCCUCGCUGCCUCCCCCUUCCUCUCCUUCGCCUCUUGACCACCGACAAACAGAGGGAGUGGUGGGACGCCAUCUACAGCCUCAUUCACAAACGAACAGCUCCUGGCAUGUCGGCCAAACUGCGGAUGACUGUGCAACAUGGACUGUGCACUCUGAGGGUUGGAGAGAAACAUGGGCUCCAACCAGCACUGGUCAUCCACUGGGCACAGUUUCUCAGCCAGACGGCGGAUGGAGUGAACUCGUACUACGAACAGAAGGAGUACAUUGGGCGCAGUGUCCACUACUGGAAAGUUGUACUUCCACUGUUGGAAAGGAUCAAAAACAGACGCAGUAUUCCAGAACCACUUGAGCCCCUCUUCAUACAUUUUCCCUCCAAAGAUAUUCAGAUUUCUUCUGUGAAGGGCCAUGAAGAGGAAGCCAAGAUUGCAAAUUCGGUUCUCCUUGACAUUGAAGGCAAAACCGAGGAUGCCAUUGCUUCUUUGGAAACCAUCAAUAACAUGUCAUCCAUCUGGCAUUUGGCACAGAUCUACCAGCGGCUUUCAGAGGAGGCCAGCAAUGGAGUUGAGGAGACCCAAGACAGGUGCAUCACUUUUCUGAGAAAGUUCAGGACCUACCUGUCUAAGAUCUACUAUGCUAAUGCAGAUGACAUUGAGAAGCUGCCUGUCUCCAUGGAGGAAGUUGUGGACCUCCUGAGUGAUGUGAACCAGCAGCUGGGUGAGAGUGUGGAGGCUAUGGAUGAAGAGGAGGAAAAGAAGGGUCGAAGAGGACCUGCCCACUCCAGCCCUGCCCAGCCCCUAGAAUCCUCUUCCAUUGUAUCCCACAUAAAGUUUUCCUCUCCCUCUCCUAACAAAAGCAGCAUCAUCUCUCCUUCCAAAAGACACCUGAUUGCUCCUAAGACACCACCUCAUUGGGUGGAGGACCAGAAAAGUAUCCUCCAGAUGCUUUGCCAGCAAGUCGAAGCCCUCAAGAACGAGGUUCAUGAUCUGAGACACAACUCUUCAGGGAACGCAAGCUCCCCUCAUCACAAGAUGUGUGGGGAGAGCUAUGGGGCCGAGGGCCUACAUGAGCCCUUUACCCCAGUCCAGCCCUACCAUGGCGCCCCUCUAACAGUUGCCACCACAGCCCCCUCGGCCUACUACAACCAGUCUCCAGCUUAUAACUCUCAGUAUCUCCUGCGCACGGCAGCAAAUGUCACCCCCACUAAGGGCCCAAUGUACAAUAUGAACCGUAUGCCACCUCAGCAGCAUAUGUAUGCCUACCAGCAGCCCACUCAAACUCCUCCAUUGCAGACAGCCCCAGCCUGCAUUUACCCUCCUCAAGAACAGGUCUUUGGAGCCCCUCUUCGGUUUGAAUCACCAGCCACAAGCCUUCUUUCACCAUUUAGUGAAGAUUAUUAUGGGCAGAGUGUACCCCAACAAACCACCAACCCUCCCCUGCCUGAACCUGGCUACUUUACCAAGCCAUCUGUAGUCCCUGUUCAGCCACCUAAGGGCAUAGAGGGGAAGCCUAUGGACUUUGGGAGGCUCUCCUUCAGCCAGCAGGCACCUGCUGAAGUCCCUAAAGUGCCCAGUUUUGGAUCAGGGGCAGUUGCCCACUCAACACCUUCAGCGGCUUUUAAGUUCAACUCCAACUUUAAAUCCAACGAUGGAGAUUUCACUUUCCCAGCUUCCCAGGCCAAGCACAGUGAAAGUCUGCUUGGUCUUCUCACAUCAGACUUUCCCUCUAAAAUAGAUACUGUCCCAGUGAAGCCUUCGGCCCAGGAGCAACCCUCCAGCCAAACAGGCAUCUUCACCUUUGGAAAUAGAAAUGCUCCUCCCUUCUCUUUUGCUGAUUCUGCGCAGAGCACAUGUACUGGAAGUCAUUUUGGAAAGGUGGAGCAGCCAUUUACAUUUGGAGAUGUUGCCAAGCCAGUGUUUGGGGUUGCUGCAGAGGAAGAAAGAGCAGCAGAGAGUGACAAUGACAGCACUCAUGUUGAGGAGGAUGAAGAUGGUCCUCACUUUGAGCCCAUUGUGCCUCUUCCUGAUAAAGUAGAUGUGAAAACGGGUGAAGAGGAGGAGGAGGAAAUGUUUUGCAACAGGGCAAAGCUGUAUCGAUUUGACACAGACACAAAGGAGUGGAAGGAGCGUGGCAUCGGCAAUGUUAAAAUCCUAAAACACAGUGCCAGAGGGAAGGUCCGCCUCUUAAUGAGGAGGGAACAGGUCCUUAAGAUCUGUGCAAACCACUACAUUAAUGCCGAUAUGCUACUGAAACCAAAUGCUGGCUCUGACAAAUCCUGGGUCUGGAAUGCCAUUGAUUAUGCCGAUGAAGAACCUAAGCCUGAACAGCUGGCCAUCCGCUUCAAAACAGCAGAUGAGGCGUCACUUUUUAAAGCUAAGUUUGAGGAAGCCCUGACAAUUGUUCUCAAAUCUGCAAAAAAGCAUGAUCAACAAGAGAAAAGAGAGGAAAACUUGAAAGGUUCUGAAUCACUGGCAGCCCACUUUGCCCUUAAAGAUGGGGAAUGGGACUGCACUGUGUGCUGUGUAAGAAAUAAACCCACAGAUAUGCAGUGUGCCGCUUGUCAAAGUGCCAAUCCCAAUUCUUCAUCCAAGCCAGACAUUCAGACUGGCGGUGAAGCCAAAGCCAGUCCCUUCACUUUCAAAUUUGGGACAGAUGCAUCAAAACCCAGUAGUUCCGGCUCUACUGGAUUUGGAGCUUUUGGAGCAGCUUUUGGAGCAGCUUUACCCUCCUCAUUUUCAUUUGGCACCAGCACCUUAAAACCUGCUGACACAGUAACUAGUGCAUUUGGUUCUGGUUUUGGGUCUCAGUUUGGCAAGAAGCAGGGUCAAUGGAAGUGUGAUGUGUGUGAAGUAAGAAAUGAGGCCUCUGCUGACAAUUGUGUCGCCUGUAAUACCCCCAACCCUGAUUCUUGUAAGGCUCUUAAAGCUUCACCUAAAACAACUUCGACAGCACAAAGGGCCCCAACUGCAGAUGCACCAUCUAUAUCGGCUGUUGGCUUUGGAUUUGGUGCCCAGUUUGGCAAGAAGCAAGGGCAGUGGGACUGUAUUGUUUGCGAAGUAAGAAAUGAAGUCACUGUUGACAAUUGUGUCGCCUGUAAUACCCCCAACCCUGAUUCUUGUAAGGCUCUUAAAGCGUCACCUAAAACAACUUUGGCAGCACAAAGGGCCCCAACUGCAGAUGCACCAUCUAUAUCGACUGUUGGCUUUGGAUUUGGUGCCCAGUUUGGCAAGAAGCAAGGGCAGUGGGACUGUAUUGUUUGCGAAGUAAGAAAUGAAGUCACUGUUGACAAUUGUGUCGCCUGUAAUACCCCCAACCCUGAUUCUAAAUCAACAGAGAGGGUUCCAGUAGCAUCAAAACUGCCAUUAGUGUCAGGAUUUGGGUCUGAUUUGGCAAUGAAGGAUGGGCAGUGGGACUGCAAUACUUGCCUGGUCAGAAAUGAUGCAUCAGCUUCAGAAUGUGUUUCCUGUCGUUCCCCAAAUCCCAAUCCCUCUUUAGCAGCCAUUUUUGCCAUGAAGGAUGGGGAAUGGGAGUGUGAUGCUUGUCUGGUGAGAAACAAUGCCCCUGCCUAUAAGUGUGUGGCCUGUCAAACACCAAAUCCCAAUGCUAAAAGCACAACCAGCACGGCUCCUUCGGCCUCCAAAUUCAGCUUUACAUUUAGCAGCAACGAUUCAUCAGGUCAGCCUGCUGGGACUGGAUUUACAAUGCCUUUUGAAACUGGCAGCACUUUUCAGUUUGGUCAAAGGAAAGAGAAAAGCUCAGCUGCUUCUUUUAAGUUUGAUGUUCCUCCUUCUGGAUCUAAUACCACAAGUUCCUCAGGCUUCUCUUUCUCAUUGCCCGUUGCAGCUGGUGGCUUCAAGUUUGGCAUUCAGGACUCUGCACAAGAAACUCCCUCUACUGAUGAUCAAAUGCCUCCAUCAGGGUCAGCCUCCAGUUUUCUGAAAAGCAUCGCUGACAAACACAAGGAGCAAGAAAAUGUGUCUACUCCCUUGGUGGACCAAACAGAGCAAGAUCAAAAUCCAUUAAUUUCUGGAAAAACCAAACCGUUCAGUUUUGCCAACUUGGCAGAGUCCUCUGAAGGAGACUUUCAGUUUGGCCAGGACGACCCCAAUGCUAAAGGUUUCUCUGGGGCUGGUAAGCAGAUGUUCUCAAUCCUCACCAAGACUGAUGCCAGAAAUGAGCUUGAAGACAACGACAUGUAUAAAACAGAGGAAAAUGACGACAUCCAGUUUGAACCAGUGGUCCAGAUGCCUGAUAGGGUGGACCUGGUGACGGGAGAGGAGGAUGAACAGGUUCUCUAUUCUCAGCGUCUCAAACUAUUCAGAUUUGACACAAGUCAGUGGAAAGAGAGGGGUGUAGGAAUCCUUAAAUUUCUGAAAAACAACUCUAAUGGCAGGCUAAGGGUUCUGAUGAGAAGAGAGCAAAUUCUGAAGGUGUGCGCCAAUCACUGGAUCACCACCACCAUGAAUCUUAAGCCCCUGGCAGGCUCAGACAAAGCAUGGAUUUGGAUGGCCAAUGACUUCUCUGAUGGGGAUGCUAAACUUGAACAGUUGGCUGCCAAGUUUAAAACCCCAGAGCUUGCUGAGGAGUUUAAAGAGAAGUUUGAAGAGUGUCAGAAACUUCUCUUGGACAUUCCCCUACAAACGCCUCACAAGCUUGUUGACUCGGGCAGAACAGCACGCCUCAUUCAGAAAGCAGAGGAAAUGAAGUCUGGUUUAAAAGACCUGAAAUCAUUUUUGACAGAUGACAAAACAAAAAUCAAAGAUGACAAACAGGGGGACAUUACAACAUCCAGCAAUGUUUCAAACCUUGUAAUCAAGCCUCACGGUGAAACCACCGGCCCCACCUUAGAGUGGGAUAACUAUGACCUAAGAGAAGAGGCCUUGGAUGAUACUGCUGACUCAUCAGUCUAUGCCACUCCUCUUGCCAGCAGUCCCCUGAGAAAGAACCUUUUCCGCUUUGGAGAAGCCACGGGGGGAUUUAACUUCAGCUUCCAACCCGGCAUCAGCCCCUCCAAGUCUCCUGCUAAACUUAACCAGAGCAGAGCCUCAGUAGGUACUGAUGACGAGCAGGAUGUAACCCAGGAUGAGGAGAGGGAUGGCCAGUACUUUGAACCUGUGGUCCCGUUGCCUGAUCUGGUGGAGAUUUCUACAGGGGAGGAAAAUGAACAGGUGGUCUUCAGUCACAGGGCCAAACUGUAUCGCUACAACAAGGACCUGGGUCAGUGGAAGGAGAGGGGUAUCGGAGACCUCAAGGUCUUGCAGAAUUUUGACACCAAACAAGUGAGGUUAAUAAUGAGGAGAGACCAGGUGCUGAAGAUCUGUGCCAACCACAGGAUCACAGCAGCCAUGAAGCUGGAACCUAUGAAGGGAGCUGAGAAGGCCUGGGUCUGGAGUGCCUUGGACUUUGCUGAAGUAGGAGAGGGAAGUAUUGAGCAAUUGGCUGUGAGAUUUAAGCUGCAGGACACUGCAAACGCCUUCAAACAGGUAUUUGAAGAGGCCAAGGUUGCCCAAGAACAACAGGAACUCAUGACUCAGGUGACAUCCAGGGUUGCCUCACCUCAAGACAGUGGACCUCCAGAAUCUGCACAGGCUGCUAGACCUGUGUGCGGGAAGGCAGCCAUCGCUGUGCUGGAGGAGACCACAAAGGAACGUACAGCGCUUCCCCCUGAUGGUGAGCCAAGUGCAGCUGGGUCUCCAAGUCCAGUCAACCCCUCAAGGACAGUGGUGUGUCCCCCUAAGUUCGUCUUUGGCACUCAUAGCCUUCAGAAGUUCUUUGGCUCCCCUAACUUUCACUCCGAGACUGAGGAAUCAGCAUCGGGUUCUAAAGCCAAAGAUUCUGGAUGUCCUGGCAAGGCUUCACCUGCAUUCAAAAUCCCAGAGAAAGGGCUGGAUUUUAGGCUUUUCAAAGAUAACCCAAUGGCUUUUUGGACCAGCACAUCAACAACCCAAUUUGAACCCCCAGGGCCACCUCAGGCAGCAGGAGGCAGUGCCGGGUCGGAUGAGGACUCUGACGUGGAAGUCGUGUAUGUCAUGGAACCCACAGCUGAACAGGCGGCUUUAGCCAAGGAACUCAUGCUGCCUCUCACCUUCUUCUGCUACCAGAAUGAACCAGGCUACACCAGCGACGAUCAAACUGAUGAUGAGGACUUUGAGUCCGCAGUAAACGCCUUGAAUGGAAAGCUCUACCUUGAUCCUCCUGUGAAAAAGGCUGCAGCAUGUGGUGAUGAGCCAGACUGCCAGGUGGUGUGGGAAAAGAAGGCGACACCAGAGGAGGAGGAGAAGGCCAAAAUCCUCCAGCUUCCACCCACCUUCUUCUGCGGCCUGAGCACCACAGACAGCGACCCAGACCACGACAAACCCGAAGACUUUGAGACAGAAGUUCGCAAGGCGCAGCAAGACCUGGGUGCCCAGUUAAACAGAGCUGAAAAGGCCUCCGGCAGCCCUUCUGUAGCUUCAGAAGAACCAACAGCUGGUCCGUCAUCCAGCAGCACAGAAGCUGCAGCUAGCUGCCCACACGCUGCAGCCGGCAGCGCAGAAGCUUCAGAUGCUGCAGCCGGCGGCGCAGACACAUUGGACGCUGCAGCCGGCGGCGCAGACACUUCGGACGCUGCAGCCGGCGGCGCAGACACAUUGGACGCUGCAGCCGGCGGCGCAGACACUUCGGAUGCUGCAGACGCUUCGGACGCUGCAGACGCUUCGGACGCUGCAGACGCUUCGGACGCUGCAGACGCUUCGGACGCUGCAGACGCUUCGGACACUGCAGCCGGCAGCGCAGAAGCUUCAGGCACCACGACUACACCGAAGCAGCAGACCUCAGACCAGCCAACCGAGGCUCGGAGUGAAGCUCCUGGCAGCAGCUCUCCCAUUGACUUGUCAACUAAGAAGAGCCCAGAACCAGAGUCCAACACUGGGACUUCAAUUACAGCUGGUGAAGACUCCUUAGAUCCCAACUUUGGUUUCAAGUCACUCGGAGGCUCCUCUUUCGCUGAUUUGGCCCAAAACACAGAUGCAUUUGCAUUUGGAAGUCAAGACUCCAGUUUCUCAUGGGCAAAUGCUGGAGCAAUAAUAUUUGGGGGCGCACCGAAAACCGGCGGUGAGCAGGGCUGUGAUGAAGAGGACGCGUCUAAUAGUGGGGACAUUCACUUUGAGCCGAUUGUGUCACUACCAGAGGUGGAGACGAAAUCUGGAGAAGAGGAUGAGGAAAUUCUGUUCAAGGAGCGUGCCAAGCUGUACCGAUGGGACCGAGACCUCGGCCAGUGGAAGGAGCGCGGCGUCGGUGACCUCAAGAUCCUCUUCCACCCAACCAAACAUUUCUACCGAGUCCUGAUGAGACGAGAGCAGGUGCUGAGGGUUUGUGCCAACCACACGAUCACACAGGCGAUAGAACUCAAACCUAUGAACGCCUCGGCUAACGCACUGCUCUGGACGGCCACCGACUACUCAGAGGGCGACGGCGUAGUGGAGCAGCUGGCGGCCAAGUUCAAAACUCCUGAAAUAACAGAAUCCUUCAAGAAGACCUUCUGUGAGUGUCAGAGCCGCACCGGCCAAACUGAAGGCGAUGAGUCGUGCAUCUCCUUACCACAGAUGUCCAGAGUCCAAGAGCACUCCAGAGACACUAACCCCCUGGUGUUCCUCGAAGUGGUGGCCGAUGGCCAACCGCUGGGCACGAUCACCGUAGAGCUGUUCUCCCAUAUUGUCCCAAAAACGGCAGAGAACUUCAGGGCUCUCUGUACCGGAGAGAAGGGCUUCGGGCUUCGGGGCUCCAUCUUCCACAGAAUCAUACCGGCCUACAUGUGUCAGGGUGGUGACAUCACCAACAGCAACGGCACGGGAGGAAAGUCCAUCUACGGCAGCAAGUUUGAGGAUGAGAACUUUGAUGUUCGGCACACAGGCCCGGGCAUUCUGUCAAUGGCCAAUUGUGGGCGUGACACCAACAACUCCCAAUUCUUCAUCACCCUGAAGAAAGCCGAGCACCUGGACUUCAAACAUGUGGUUUUUGGCUGGGUUCGGGACGGCAUGGAUGUUGUGCAACAGAUGGGAGAGCUAGGCACAAAAGGAGGCAAGCCCACAAAGAAAUUUGUCAUCAGCGAAUGUGGACAGCUGUAGCGUUUUAAAUGUUACGCUCAAGAUUUACAGCUUUGAUUUGAAUGUGAAGUUAAAGUAAAAGUACUUUGGAUAAUGACGCAUUUCCUGUGCAGCGCUAACCAUCCUGCCAAACCGGAAUUCAUUGUCAUUCUGCAUCUGAGAAUUAAACACUGAUUACAGGACUACCCUUCAAGAUCUUUCAUUUUAGAAACUUGGCUCCAAUAGCCUGGAAAAAAUAUAUAUAUAUUUUGCUAUCCUAUUACACAAUCACAGUUGGGGAAACAAGGUGUUGGAUGUGGGUUGAGCCUUCGGAGCAAAUAUGGUCUUUUGCUCUGCUGCACAUUCUGUCAAUAAAUUCUCAUUUGUCUAUUUUGUGUGUAUAAUUGUACAUGGGCUACUUUUUUUAAUGUUUUUGUUUUUGUUCUUGCAUGUGCUCAAUUUAUGUGCUGGUCCUCGUCAUAAGCUCCUUUGGUAAUGUUUCCCUUUUUGAGGAAGUCUUAACUAUAAUGAAAAGUGAGGUUGUUAUUAAAUGCACCUCUUGGUUUGUAACUGUACUUUUUACUGUUGGUCUCUCCCAGUGAUUAUUCUUUUGUGUAAGUGACUUUCACAAUGUGCAGAUAAACUUGAGUUGCCCUGUAUGAUGCUCGAUGACCACAUUACAUCUGGUUUGGUUUUUACAAAGGCAAUCCAUCAUAGUUUAAGAUGAUCAAAGUUUAAAUAAUUUGCUGAGAAAUAAAGUUGCUUUACGUAAUGAA